CUCUGUGUCUCUCCCUCUCUCCCUGAAGCUGCUGCAUCACAGGAGCUAUCCAGUGCUGAACAGGAACGCCGCUAUUUUUUAUUUUUUUAUUUUUCCGGGGGGAAGCUGGGGGAGGCAGAGAGUCUCGCACAGCGUCGCCGUCAGCCUCUGGUUUCCAUUUUCUUUCUAAAUCUCAUGUUUUUUGGGGUCUCCACAUUGAGGAUUAUAUCCGCCGCCCGGCCGUGUGCUCCUUCCUUCCAACGGGUCUUUUUUUUUUCCUUUUCUACUCUCAUGCGUUUUUCUCGGCUCUGUGUUUUUUUUACCCAUUGAAACAUGCCCCGCUCAUUUUUGGUGAAGAAGAUCAAGCUUGAUGAUUUCUCUUCGUCCAAUGUGUCCUCGUCCCAUCACCACCACCACCACCACCACCACCGCCACCACCACCUGGACGACUCCUUCACUUUCUCUCGCUCCCUCACAGACUCGGUGACCAGCCUCGGGGUCCGGCUCAGUGAAAAUGGCUACAUCCAGGACUACAUCACGCCAUCCGUAUACCAGGGGGAGAAGAAGAUGGAGCCCAAGUUGGCGUCUCCGGUGUCCGACCCGCUGUACUCGCAGGUGAGCAGCGGCGGCGAGGAAUACUGCGACCCCGACCUGAAGCAGCCCGACAGCCCGCAGUCCGGCAUGACGGCCAGCGGCUUCUACAGCGGCGAGUCUGAGGCGCUGGACGAGGGUUACACCAUGGAUGCCUUCUUCAUCUCCGACGGACGCUCCAGAAGAAAGGCGGACUCGGAAAGUCGUGGCGGUGGCAGCGGGUCGAGGAGCAGCAGCGCUAACGGAGGCAGCAGCUCCACGGAGAAAGGAUCGGGAACGGGAUUAGCAACGGGAACGGCUCGCCACUCUUGCAACGAAUGCGGUAAAACGUACGCCACGUCCUCCAACCUGAGCCGACACAAGCAGACGCAUCGAAGCCUCGACAGCAAGAUGGCCAGGAAGUGUCCCACCUGCAACAAGGUGUACGUGUCCAUGCCGGCGCUGGCCAUGCACAUCCUCACCCACGACCUCAAGCACAAGUGCGACGUGUGCAGCAAGGCCUUCAGCCGGCCGUGGCUGCUGCAGGGCCACAAGCGGUCCCACACGGGGGAGAAACCCUUCGCCUGCGCACACUGUGGCAAAGCUUUCGCCGACCGAUCGAACCUCCGUGCUCACAUGCAAACACACUCUGCCUUCAAGCACUACCGAUGCAAGCGCUGCAAUAAGACCUUCGCCCUCAAGUCCUACCUGAACAAGCACUACGAGUCGGCUUGCUUCAAGGGCUCCGCGGACGAAGAAGACGACGACGAAGACUCCGGAUCAGAAAACUAAACUAAAACCGCGAUGAGGAAGAUGAAACCUGAACCCCUGUUUAGUUUAGUUGCCAGCACUGGGAACCGGGAAAUGUGAAAGAGUAACCUUAAGUAUUAUGUUAGAAAUGUUUAGUACGGGCCGCACCUGAUUGGGACUACCAUCUGAUAUAGAGAGCACAAGAUGAACAUUACUUCUACUGUGGAUAAUUUCAAAUAGAUAUCAAUCUGUCAAAUCCUAAUGACCCAGAGUCUACAUAACUUCAAAAUUGACCCAUAAUUCAUCAAAAUAAGUCCAAACAUGGCCACUUUCUAGUUAAAACUAACUUUUUGGAUCCUGUAUAUGUCAGAAAUGGAAUCAGCAUCCUCAAUUACCUCUAAAACCACUCACUUAUGUGCUCGGGACCCUACUAUACAUUUCUAACAUAACACUUGGUGGUAUAUUCAACAUUUCCUGGUUCACUAUAGGCCUCUAUGAGCUGGUAACUGGACUAGUUGUCGGGUCAAAAACCAAUAACCCGCUCACUCUGCCCUCCAUGCCUUUUUUCCGUCCCUUUUUUUAGAAAGCAAUAUUUUCACUGAGAUUACGUGAAGAAACUCUGAUGAUUAUGGCAAAGACAAUUUCAAAAGAUGCUGGAUUUCUUCCCUGCA